AUGGUUCAAUUGACGAAUUCCACCACUGAGCUGAAGCUCAACACCGGGGCAUCGAUCCCACAGCUGGGAUUAGGUACCUGGAGAUCAACAGAGGAGGAGGCAUACAAUGCGGUCAUAAGUGCCUUGAAAGAUGGCUACAGACACAUCGACUCUGCUGCCAUCUACGAGAACGAGAUCCCGGUCGGUAAGGCCAUCAGGGAUUCCGGCGUGCCACGUGAAGAGAUCUUUGUCACGACAAAGCUGUGGAGCACUCAGCAGAGAGACCCAGCUGCUGCUUUGGAUGCAUCUCUCAAGAGAUUGGGACUGGAGUACGUUGACCUGUACCUGAUGCACUGGCCAGUGGCCUUUGUCGCCAAAGUCACCGACGGUGACUAUCCUGGCAUGACUGUGCCUCGUGAUGACGAGGGUAAGGUGCUCAUGGAUGAGGACUGGCACUUCACAAAGACCUGGGAGAAGUUGCAAGAGCUGCCUUCUACAGGAAAGACCAAGGCAGUUGGAGUCUGCAACUUCUCCGUCAAGAACCUGAAGGAGCUUCUUGCUGCAAAGACCACCAAGCUAGUCCCUGCUGUCAACCAAGUUGAAAGCCAUCCAUUGUUGCCACAGGAUGAGCUGCUCGAGUUUGGUAAGGAACAUGGCAUCUUGAUCGAGGCCUACUCCCCACUGGGAUCCUUAGGCUCGCCAUUGCUGAAAGACGAGGAGUUACAAGCCAUUGCAGACAAGUAUGAGGUGUCGAUUGCACAGUUGUUGAUCAACUGGGGGCUGAAGAGAAACACCGUUGUGCUGCCUAAGUCUGUUCAUAAGGAGAGAGUUGAGUCCAACCUCAAGGUCUUUGAACUGAAACAGCAGGACUUUGACCAGGUUACCAACUUGAUCAAGACCCAUGGAGAGCAAAGAUUCGUUGCUCCGGACUGGAAGACACACGAUGUUACCCUCUUUGAGUGA